AUGAGCUGUGUGGCCCGCUCUGGAGGAGCUGGCGGAGGGGUCUGUGGGUCCCAGGGCAGAGCAGACGACUUUGGCAGUCGCAGCCUCUACAGCCUGGGUGGCAAUAAGAGCAUCUCCAUCAGCGUGGCUGGCGGCUCCUGAGCUAGUGGCUUUGGGGGAGCACGCAGCAGCUGCGUCAGUGGCUAUGGAGGUGGUUACGGUGGUGGUUAUGGAGGUGGCAUUUGUGGAGUCACAGGAAUGGGCAGUGGUUAUGGAGGGGUUGGUGGCUUUGGAGGGACUAGUAGCUUUGGUGGGCCUGGUCUAUGGCUCUAGUGUCUGCCUGGGGGAAUCCAGAAAGUGACCAUCAACCAGAGCCUCCUGCAGCCCCUCAAUGUGGAGAUUGACCCCCAGGUUGGGGAAGUAAAGGCCCAGGAGCGGGAGCAGAUCAAGACCCUCAACAACAAGUUCGCCUCCUUCAUCGACAAGGUGUGGUUCCUGAAACAGCAGAACAAGGUCCUGGAAACCAAGUGGGACCUGCUCCAGCAGUGGAACAUGGGCUUGGGCUCCAGCUUGGGCUCCAGAGGCCUGGAGACUUUAUUUGAAAGCUACAUUAACUGCCUGUGCAGGCAGCUGGAUUCGGCUCUGGUUGAGAAGGGGAAUCUGGAAGGAGAGCUAAGGAAUAUGCAGGACCUGGUGGAAGACUUCAGAAAGAAGUAUGAAGAUGAGAUCAACAAGCAUACUGCUGCAGAGAAUGAGUUUGUUGGGCUCAAGAAGGACAUGGAUUCAGCCUUCAUGAACAAGGUGGAGCUUCAGGCUAAGGUGGACGGCCUGACAGAUGAACUCAACUUCCUGAGGACCAUCUAUGAGACGGAAUUGACCCAGAUGCAGAAUCACCUUAAUGACAUGUCUGUGGUUCUGUCCAUGGACAACAACCGCUGCCUGGACCUGGACAGCAUCAUCAAUGAGGUCAAGGCCCAGUACGAGGACAUUGCCCAGAAGAGCAAGGCCGAAGCCAAGGCGCUGUACAAGACCAAGCUUGGAGAGCUGGAGAACAAGGCUGGCAGGCAUGGGGACGACCUGAAGAACACCAAGAAUGAGAUCAUGGAGCUCAUCCAGAUGAUCCCAAGGCUGAGGGCUGAGAUUGAGAAUGUCAAGAAGCAGAAUGCCAACCUGCAGAACGCUAUUGCUGAUGCUGAGCAGUGUGGAGAGCUGGCCCUCAAGAAUGCCAACACCAAGCUCCAAGAACUGCAGGACGCCCUUCAGCAGGCCAAGGAUGACCUGGCCUGGCUGGUGCGUGACUACCAGGAGUUGAUGAACAUCAAACUGGCCCUGGAUGGGGAGAUUGCUACCUACCGCAAGCUGCUGGAGAGUGAGGAGUGCAGGUGA